AUGAACGGUCAUCGAAAGUUAACUCUUAAUGAAUACCAAACAAAAUUAAAGCAAAUCUAAGAGAACAGAAGUCCCAAAACAAAUAAAUUUCACACUCCCUAACAAAAAAUGAAUUUGCCUUCUCCAAAGAUAUAAAUUGCUUGCAAAUAGCAAUAACACAAACUAUUUUCAGAUAGAUCCACUUCUACAUAUCAAAAUUUAAAUCUUCCUUUCACUUCUAAGAUGACAAAGUUGUCUAAACUAUAAUCCUUGGAUGAAUAGUCUAAACAACAUGAAACUUUGAAUUAAAAUCUAACAAAUGAAUAGAAAAGUCCAAAAUAAGAAGGUAUAGAUAAAUUAAGGAUAUAAUUGAACGAAUAAUUUUUAAAGGAAAGCUCUUAUAAUAGAGCAGGUGCUUGUCUCUAAUUUCUUGAACCUACUCUGGUUCAUAAUUUAUGUAAUAAUAUCAAAAUAAAUUUAGUAAACCUAUCACCUAAAGUUAAGAUAAAUUCGGAGCUUCGUGCAUCGAUUUCUUCAAAAGAUUUAAAUGGUAACACAGCUCUUCAUUUUGCUGCUAGAAAUGGUAAUACACAUUUAGUUCAGGCACUAAUGUAUAAAGAUAUACAAAUAGAUGAAUAGAAUGAAGAUAAAAUGACACCAUUAAUAUUGAGUGCUUAUUAGUACUAUAUAUAUAUUUAUAUAACAUAGUGGAAAGUUAGAAACCUUAUAAAUAUUAGUUAAUGUUGGAGCUAACAUCAAUCAUCAAGAUAUUUAUGGUAACUCAGCUUUACAUUAUGCUUGUAAGUUUAAUUUUAAAUAAAUUGUGGAAUUUUUAUUCUAAAAAUAACAUCUUCUCUUAUAAUAAAAUUUAGAAUAGAAAUAUCCAGAUUACUAUAUUGAGGACUAAGAUAUUGCAUAGAUUUAUAAAGAAUAUUUAGAAUAAACAAAAAGUAAUAAUAUUAAUUUACAUUUUAGAAAAACAAACAAAAGAAGUUAUAAUUCAAACAACAUAAACAGAAACAAUAUUAAAAAUGUUUUAAAGAAAAAAUAUUAAAUAAUUAAAAAAUAUUAUUUAAACAAGUAAAUCAUAAAAUAAUCUUGAUAAAAUAUAGGUGUCAUCUCCUAAAAUAACAUAAUUAUAAAAUAAAUUACAAUAACUUGAAUAAUUUAAAACUUAAAUGUAAGGAUUAAAAAGACAAACAACCUUAUCAACCAAUUAUUCUGAAUCUUAAAAAAAUAUUAGAGAAGAGGAGGAAAUAACUUUGUCUUAAUUUUAAAUUUUAGGUUUAAUUGGUAAAGGUAGUUUUGGUCAAGUCUAUCUUGUUAAAAGAUAAAAUUAAUUAUAUGCAAUGAAAGUUUUAGAUAAAUCUAUGAUAUUAAGUAAUUAUAAUAAACAUAAUAUAGAACAUAAUUUAUUUCGUUAUGCUUAGACUGAAAGAAAUGUAUUAUCAGUAACUUCACAUCCUUUCAUUGUAAAGCUAAGAUAUGCCUUUUAAACUUAGGAUAAAUUGAUUAUGAUUUUAGACUUUUGUCCUGGAGGAGAUAUGGGACAACUUUUGGAAGAGAAAAAGAGACUUCCAGAAGAUUUAGUCAAAAAUUAUAUUUGUGAAAUAAUCCUUGCUUUAGAAGAUUUACAUUAAAGAGAUAUUAUAUAUAGAGAUCUUAAACCAGAAAACAUAGUUAUUGAUUCAGAUGGACAUGCUAUGCUUACUGAUUUUGGACUUUCAAAAGAGGGAAUAUUUGAUGCAAGCUAAGGAGCUAGAUCAUUUUGUGGUUCUGUUGCUUAUUUGGCACCUGAAAUGCUUAAAAGAUAAGGACAUGGAAAAGCAGUUGAUUGGUAUUUACUUGGAGUUGUAAUGUAUGAACUUUUAGUUGGAGUGCCUCCUUAUUAUGAUAAUGAAAAAGAAUAACUUUUUCAUAAUAUUGAAUAUGCUGUUCUCAAAAUUCCUUCAUAUAUUUCACCUGAAUGUAGAAAUCUUAUAAAAUCUGUAAUUAUUAAUUUCAUUAUAUAGCUUCUACAAAGAAAUCCAAUAAAAAGAUUGGGAUCAGGAGUAGGUGAUUCGAAAGAAAUCAAGUAACAUCCUUAUUUUUUAGAUGUUGAUUGGGAAAAGAUCAAAAAUAAAGAAUUGGAUUUACCUAAACCAACAAGAAAGAUUCGAAUUAAUACAUAAAAUGUUUAGAAUCUUUUUUAAUAAGAACAUUUAGAACCAUCAUCUCAUAUUCAUGGUUGGUCUUAUGUUCAUACAGAAUUUUGA